AUGGCAACGGAGACUCCUAAUUUUGAAAACAAAGAAAGGGAAUCGAGUAAAGAAUUACUAAAUGUUGCGUUUGCCAAGAGAAAGUGUUGUUUCUGCAUAUUCUAUUUAAGUCUGGACCAAUCAAAGAUCGUUGGACAGGUGGGGUGGAAGAGAAUUCGGUUGGUGGAGAGCAAAGACGGAUGGCGGAUGAAAGCAUGGAAGAAGGCAAGGCAGUGGUCAAAGAUCAUGGCGGGGCCUAAAUGGAAGACAUUCAUCCAACGAAUCAACAAGAACAACAGAGGCAGCGGAGGUGGUAGGCUUCAGAAAUUUCAAUACAACCCCUUAAGUUGUGCUCUCAAUUUUGAUGAUGGACCAAGGAAGAACGGUAAUCUCGAUGAUGAGAUCAUGUACCGCGAUUUCUCAUCUUGGUUUGUGUCGAUUCCAAUUUCGGCGGAGUCAUCUAUGGAUCUCGGCAAGGACAUGCCAGCCUUCACGUAA